UCUUUCAAGAAGAGAGCUAAGGGUUUCAAAGAGACCCAGCCCUCCUUUGCAUUUUUCUACCUAUAUAUACAGAGAGAGAGAGUGAUUGGAAACCAUUUUGUUCUUUGUAGCUGCUGUCUAGCUAGCUAGGAGAGCGAGAUAGAUGGCUGUUUUUGAUCUUCACCAUCCAUUAGUGUUUGUGUUUGGAGUCCUAGGUAACAUUGUAUCUAUUUUGGUUUACUUCGCUCCGCUACCUAUAUUUAUUCGGAUCUGCAAAGCAAAAUCGACGAUGGGCUAUCACGCAGUGCCAUAUGUGGUUGCUUUGUUUUCUGCGAUGCUGUGGAUGUAUUAUGCUUUCCUGAAGAAGAAUGCGCCACUUCUCAUCUCCAUCAACUCCUUUGGAUGCGUUAUAGAGACCAUUUAUAUCUCUAUUUUUCUUGCUUAUGCAACAAAAGAUGCUAAGCGUCAGACGGUGAAGCUAGUGAUUUUGUUGAUCGGAGUUUUGUACUCGGGGAUUUUCCUGGCUACUAUAUUUCCUUUUUCUGGAACGCUUCGUGUGAACAUUGUGGGAUGGAUUUGUGUGGCGAUUUCUGUAUGCGUGUUUGCUUCUCCCCUCAGCAUUGUGUUUCAAGUGGUGAGAACGAAGAGUGUAGAAUUUAUGCCAUUUGGCUUGUCUUUCUUCCUCACACUCACCGCAGUCAUGUGGUUCGGCUAUGGCAUGCUAUUGAAGGACUUAUGCAUUGCACUACCAAACGUGUUGGGGUUUAUAUUGGGAAUGGUGCAAAUGGUGUUAUAUGGGAUAUACCGGAAUGCGAAGCCAGUUAAGGCGGCGGGUGAGGAGAAAAAGGCGGUGCCGGCGGAGCACAUAAUAAACGUGGUGGUGAUAGGUGCCGUUGAACAAGUGCACCCUGUGAAUGAGAUUACUGAAACUCCGGUGGUUGACGAUGAUGGGGGAAAGAAUAGAGGAGAAGAACACGACGAGAGAAGAACCAUUCCACGGCCACCAGAAAUCCCUGACGGAGAUGAUGAAAGCAGCCAGUUAGGGCAAGUGAACAGUGUGCAUAUGGAGCAACCUGUUCUUGUGGUGUGUAGUGCUGCUUGAUUAUUGUUUCCAUUCCAGACUUUAUUAUAUGUUUAUCACCUUUUAUUAUUGUAUCACUUUAUAUUACAACUAGUCCUCAUUUAUUUUCAAUACAAAAAAUUUUAUAUGGAAUACUCUUUUUGAUGCGUCA